AUGGAUUUCAAUGACAAUGGUUUAUCGCUUAAUGAUGACUUCAAACAAUAUUUCCUGAGAGCCUCGAACAACCGCAUCGAGGAAACUUACGAUCAGUUUAAAAUUGAUUCAAUGUGGAAGAACAGCGGUAAUGUCAACGCGAAUGUGAGAAUGUUGGGAGCUGAUGGCCCAGUUGAAAUCAUCGACUCAAGCGAUGAAGAAGAUCAGACAGAAAAUGUGGUUAAAUUGGAGUCGCCAGAAAUGGUAUCCGGCAUUCAAAGCGAUGGUAAUGCCAUACCACCACAAUUGAACGAUGAUUUUGAAUAUGAUCGAGACUACAUCGAGGACGUGCUAAACUUGAACCUAAACUGGUACAGAGACGCUUCGCAGAACAAACAAGAUUGCAUCGAGAUAGAAAUGGACACCGUAAUGAAAGUGGAAGAAAAAGCCUUCAAUGGACACGGCGAUAUGGACUUGACCAACAAACGUACAUCUCCUGUCUCCGUAAGCAAUGAAUCAAACAAGGUAAAUGAUUCAAAAAGAUACAUCACGAAAGGAAGAUCUUAUAGACGCCCAAGAAAACAGAUUGCAUCCGGCUCGACGGUAUAUGUAUUUGGGAAUAAAAACUCAUCGAACCCUAUGGACACGAAGAAGCGACACAAGUGCCAACUUUGUGAAUAUUCUAGCAAUCUCAGGGCCGACGUUAAUAAACACACGCGUAUUCAUACAGGCGAGAAACCAUAUCGAUGUGAUAUUUGCCGCAAAGAAUUCACACAGUUGCAUCACAUGAAACGGCACAAAGUGAAUCACAUCGAACAAAUUCCGUUCCAUUGCCGCGGCUGUUUCGCAGGAUUUUUGGAGAAGGAUGAAAAAGAUGGCCACGAAAAAUGGUGCAAAGCACGUCGAUAUGAAUGUCAUAUCUGCAAGAAGUAUGUCACUUUGAAUAAAAAACUGUUGGAAGUGCAUAUGCGAAAGCACAACGGUGAAAAAUCGAUUAAGAAUACGUACGAUGAAUUCGAAAUCAGUUCAAUAUUCGAGGAUGUAAGCACGUCAACAACCGACGAAUAUCUGAAUUUAUUUCAUACCCCAAGGUAUGACAUGAACAAUACACAACAAACCACCAAUGAGCCAUUUGAAAUCAUUGACACAAGUGACGAGGAGGAUGAAGCACCGAAAAUGAUACGUGCCAUUCGAUACGAUGGCCAUGGCAUAUCAAAAGAAUUAAACGAUUAUGGUCAAUUUGACUACGAUGAAAGCUACACCGAAAUGUCAGAUAUGAAAUCAAACGUUUUUGAUUAUCAACAAGAUGUUUCAAAUAACAGAGGUGAAUAUCGCAUUCGAAAUGAAAUAGACAACGCAAUGAAAGCGGAUGAAAUGGAACGGGACGAUGGCAUUCCGAUAGUUGGCAUCACUAUGGACACAAUGGGUCAGAACACAUCAACUGUGAAAUCGAGCAAUAAAUCAAACAACGUCAUUGGUGCCAAAAGGAACAAUAUGAAAGGAAGAUCCGUUGGACAUCCAAGAAAGCAAACUGAAUCAUUGCGACGUAAAAGCUCAACUUCCUCAAAACUAAUUGACACGAAGAAUAAAUUCCAGUGCCACAGUUGUGAAUAUUCCAGCAAUCACAAGGGAAACUUCAAUGUUCACAUGCGUACUCACACUGGUGAGAAACCGUAUCGAUGUGAUAUUUGCCGCAAAGGAUUCACAAUAAUGCAAAACAUGAAAAAGCACAAACAUAUCUGCAAGAAGUAUGUCACUUCACAAAAAAAUAGGUUGAAAAAGCAUAUGCGAACACACAACGGUGAAAAACCGUUUCGAUGCGCAAUUUGA